AUGCCUCCUCCAGCGAAACAGCGCAAGAUCGCCGUCGUGGGCAGCAGGUCCGUUGGCAAAUCCUCCCUCACCGUCCAGUUCGUGGACAACCACUUCGUCGAAUCUUAUUACCCCACCAUUGAGAAUACCUUUAGCAAGGUCAUUCGCUACAAGGGCCAGGAUUAUGCGACCGAGAUUAUCGAUACCGCCGGCCAGGAUCUCCGUGUCCCGUCUUUGCCUCUGGCGCUAUACCGCUUUCCUUGUCGGCCUCUAUCACGUCUCAGCCUUACCUUGCGCAACUCCCGUCCAUGCUGCACUUUGGAAUAUCGCAGCUCACCCGUGUCAUUACAGGAUCAGUACAGCAACUUGAACUCGAAGCAUUUCAUUGGAGUUCAUGGAUACAUGAUUGUCUAUUCCGUGCAGAGCAGGACGUCUUUCGAUACCGCAGAGAUCAUUCGUGAGAAGAUUCUGAAUCAUCUCGGCGCCGAAACCAUUCCCCUUGUCCUCGUAGGCAACAAAUCUGAUCUCCGCCCCGAACAACGCCAAGUCACGUCCGAAGAGGGCAAAGCAAAGGCCGAAGAGUUGAAAUGCGCAUGGACCGAAGCGUCCGCGUGUUACAACGAAAACGUCAGCAAAGCGUUCGAGCUCAUGAUCGCCGAGAUCGAGAAGGGGACCACCCCGAACGAGCCUGCGAGCGGCAAGAAUUGCGUUGUCAUGUGAUCUGUACGCACCUGCUAAAUGUGUCUAGGUUUGCUCAGCAAGAUCAAGCAGAAGCUCAGAAAGUGAUGGGAAGACGCCCAGCCUUCACCACGGGAAAAAACGUGUGCUGUGAAUACUAGGGGUGUUACAGUGUCUCUAGACACCUCAUGGGACUGGCGGCUGGACCAAUUGAAUGUCUGAUACUAUUUCGAUGGUUGUCUUGGUAGACUUCCUUCGGCGUUUGGGAGUGGUGUGGACUCUUCUAGCACUGUAUGAGAUCCCCCAGUAGGGCUGGCGCUCUGUCAAUGGCAUGUUCCUCUUUCUUUAAUUCUACUUCGUUUCAUGU